AGAAGAAACAUGUGCAAUAUCGCCUGUAUACUAAAAGUAACGUAAUAUGCAGGCUAAAUCUAUGUCCAUAUUAAAAGCACUAGAGUACAAAGAUUGAAUUAGUCAGUGGGCGCAAACAUAUUCUCAAAUCGGGCAGAACGAGCCAGUGCAGCUCAGAGGCGUGUGCGCAGCACUGCAAUGGAUUUGGUUCCUAUUAUCACCUGUAGGGCUGCACGCGCACCACCCUGAGCAGUCUGGGCAAGGCACAGAUCAUAUCUGCUAAAUAUGAUAGUGUGAUAAGAUAUUACCUGUCCAACUCUAAGGGCCGUAAUUCAAUCAGCGCCCGGUUUCCCAAAAGCACUUGAAGGCUAAGUACAUCGUUAGAGCUUCGUUACAUCUCCGAGCUGUUUCCCAAAACAAUCGUUAAAUUAGCUAGCAAGUGCAAGCUAAAUUGCCAUACAUGUUUAAUGCUUUUCGACCUGUCCCCAAAUUCAGAGUUUGUUUUGAUAUUUUAACCUGCGUGUUGUGAUCGCGUUUAGUGUUGGGGAACAAAAUGAAUUAAUGCACGCGCGCAGCCGGUUUGGGUUCCGUGUAUAACGCUUGCCUCAGACUACCCAUAUAAGUGCAUUAGUGAAUGCUUUGUUGCCCUCCGGCGUCACAUAUACAUAUUUAGAUCUCCGCUAAACAUAACAUCACAUGGUUUAUUUGUCUCUCUGGACCACGGAUAACUUCAGAACAAAGUUGCCAAUGUCUUUGCAAUUGAUACAAACAAGCGAUGUAUAAAAUAUGCUUCAAAUGAAAACAGAAAUAAAAUAUAGGAUUUCAAUCAUAUUGAAAUACGUUUAAUGUUCAAUUACGUUAUAUUUUUCUACUUGUAGGCUGUAUGUAAUUCGUCUCAAUAUAUUUCAUGAUGUGUAGCUUAGCAUAGUUAAAACAUUCCUAAGCCUAAAUUCCAAACUAUCGGGAAAUUGGUCUCGGGCCUGUCAACUGACCUGUAUCCGUACAGCACUAAAAUACAUCUUUUUAGUCAGGAGCAAAGACUUGGCCUCAGAUUGUGAGCUCAGAGAAGAGAACAGAAGAGCAAAGUGCAGUGAGGAAGUCAGAACCAGAAGAUGAGUACAGCUCCACAGAGUCAGCAAGAAAAUUAGUAUGAGGACGUCUGUCUGCGCAGUGCAGUGCACCUUGCCUUUGUCUCCCCGUCUUUUCCGCUUGCAGCAAGAAAGGACCAGUCUUACAUUUUGCUAGUAAAGGCAGGGGGAAAGCAUUGCAGUCUACAAGAACAGACGUCUCUGUGAACCGUGCCCAUCACACCUACAGUACGCCUUAUUUGGGCACAGGAGACCGGAAGUAUCUAAUUUGAUGGCGGCGGGAUGAAAGGCUCAAAGACGUGCAACAACGUAGGCUACAUCAUUUCUCUACCUAGCUCUGACGAAAUGUCGGUUUUUAAUAGUGAUGGAGUUUUCAAAAGCCACUACUUUCAACUUAUUUAAUUUUUAAAGAAGACAUCCUAACUGGAUCUACCAAUGCCAAACCCCAUGGACGACCGUCUGCGCGUGGUGGCGGUGGUACACGCUUUGAAAGCAUCUGGAGUUCGCGUGAAAAACUGGAAGAACUUCUUGAAUGGGCCAUACACGAGCGACCCUGUCAGACAGGAGAACCAAUCUAAAUUUGCUUUUGGUCGGGACCUGAUACUGCUGCCACAGUGUGAUUUAACUGAUAUGAGUGGGACAGUGCCAAAGUUCUUGGUGGAUGCCUGUGAAUUUUUAUCUCAGCAUCUUCAUACUGAAGGGCUGUUUCGAAAGACCGGGUCGUUUAGCCGGAUGCGAGCUCUGAGGGCUGACCUGGAGCAGGGGGAGCCAGUCUUUUCUCUGCCACAUUCAGCCACUCUGCAGCCCUGUGAUGUGGCGUCUCUUGUGAAGCAGUUCUUACGGGAGCUGCCCUCGCCCCUCAUCCCUAUGGAUCUACAGGUGCCACUGUGUCGUGCACAGGGCUUCGACGAGGAGGAGGGUCGGCAGGAGCAGGUCGAGGAUGGAGCUCUUCUUCUCACAGCCCUGUUCCCCCCGUCGCAUUCACGGGCCCUCCGAUACUUCUGCACCUUCCUGAGACAGACGGCUCAAAGAUGUAAAGAGAAUCGUAUGGAAGUGGGCAAUCUGGCUCUUGUGAUUGCACCUAAUCUGCUACAUUGUCCAGCUGGGGGCUCUAAACUGACCGCAGGUACAGAGAGACGACUGCAUAGACAAGCAGCAGUGAUCAAGAAACUCAUAAUACAUGCUGAUCGCAUUGGUGUUGUCCCCCCUUCUAUUAUGGACAUGGCAACAGUAGCAGAGUCCUCCACACCCCCAGUUGAUGGGGGGAGGUUUCAGGAGAGGGCAGGACUUGGUGUGUAUAGACUUCUAGGACAUCAAAGGAGGCGCAGUGUUGGAGAGAUAUUUGUGGAUGCUCUCAGUAAAUUGAAGACAGGCCGCACUCACACUGACCUUUUACAUCCCCCAGACAGUCAGCAAAAUACAAAGGCCGCUCACCACAACACACCUGAAUUACCAAUCACAUCUAAACGAAAGUCGACUGAAGAUCCUGUCCCUGAUGUUGAGAGCUCUGCUAAAAAAAGACGCUCUAUCCAUGACCUUAGAGAAGACAACCAAUCCAUGAGCAAACAACCCUCCAAUGAUUCCGAGGCGGCAGUCGGCCAAAGCCCUACCCGUAGUCACACUUCUGUCCUGAGUGGAGUGGAGGGCAGUAGGGAGCACAAGCUCUCUGUCACUCUCACUGCCCCAGAGAAGAGGAGGAAUCACAAGAAAGAUUAUAAAACAUCAAACAAGCAUCCAGUGCAGGAGGCCAAGGCUCAUCGAAGGACAUCUCUUAGAUUUUUCAACAUGACAGUCUGGAGCAGCCCUGACCCUUCCCCCACAUCCAUUGGGAAUGACACUGAGAAUUGGAUCAUGGGCAGUAUAAUGGUCACUGAUGGUAUGACUGAAGCAUCCAGCUCUGAGGUUGGACCAUCUAGGAUUCCUGUCAUAAUGACUGAUGGUAUGACUGAACCAUCCAGGAUUCCUGUCAUAAUGACUGAUGGUAUGACUGAACCAUCCAGGAUUCCUGUCAUAAUGACUGAUGGUAUGACUGAACCAUCCAGGAUUCCUGUCAUAAUGACUGAUGGUAUGACUGGACCAUCCAGGAUUCCUGUCAUAAUGACUGAUGGUAUGACUGGACCAUCCAGGAUUCCUGUCAUAAUGACUGAUGGUAUGACUGGACCAUCCAGGAUUCCUGUCAUAAUGACUGAUGGCCCAGGACAAGUUCUAGUGGGGAGUGAAGUGGAGGAUGACCCUGAUCUGCCAAAUUACAGCUGUGCUGAAAAUCCCGACCACUUCCUGGAUCUCGCGACAUUGGACUCACCUUCCAGGACACAAGCUGGGGAAUCAUGUGAAUGCUCUGGUGUCAAGUUGGAAAACGAGACGAUAGAGGAAACCGUUAGACAGUAUGAAACAAACCAUGUAUUGAGGGAUCCAGAGCAGGUUGGGAUAAAAGAGGACCCUGAAGACGUGGGUCUAAGUAAGAAGCAGUCAGAAGUGGAUAUAUCUGUCAGUCAGAAGCCCCGUCACCCUCGUCGCUCCAUCAGUAUGCCAGAGGUGACAUUCGACCAACUGAGAAUUCAAGAUAAAAUUUACAAGAAAGAGAAAACAGAUUGGAUGAUCGAGAAAGAAGAUGGAGUCUCUGGGGACACACUUCAACUGCCGGUGAAGAAAGAGAAGAUGACAGAGUCAGGACUGGGUUUUAAGAGGACACACAUGUCUGUAGCAGAGCGCAUCAGGCGGUUUAACGCUCUGACAACGCUUCUCCGUAACCCCAGGGUUCCUCCAAGGCCCCCUGAACCUCAGCUCAAUGAUGUCCUGCAUGAGAGUCAGCGGGAGGGGGGUCAGCGGAGCGUUGUACGUCUGCGCCGGCAGGGAGCACGGCGGUUUGGACGCUCCAUCAGCCAUGAUGGUGUUCCCGGACCUUGGCCAGGACAAGCCUCUAAAAAUCAUCAAGAGGUGCCAGUGGUUGUUCAAAGCCUCAGUGAGCCAGUCCUAUGUCCACCUCCAGAGCCAACUCCUAGUGUUUAUCAAUUUGCCCAAGAAGGACAGUGUGAAAUCCAACAUACUCAUCAACUACAACAGGAACACCUCAUGCAGACCAUCCAGGAUUUGUGCGCUCCUCCGUCACCCAAUCCAAAGCAGAACAAGGAAUCCUGCCAAGUGACGUUUAAAGAAUCACAAUUGAAUCUCAAAGAAAGACAAUUGGAACCGGUGGAGGAACAACCUAAGGAGUCAGAGCUACAUGAUCUGCUGGAGAUGCACUUGAAUACAUGCAAUCCAAAGGAGGAGCAAGACCAACACCUCACAGUUCCAACGCAGGUGAAUAGACCGUUUCUGACCGACACCGUCUUAGAUGUUCCACCUCAGACCAUGGCCCCCCUACAGCAGGAGUCCAAAAGUACAGAAGUCAAAUUCCCUCUCCCUUUUCCCUCCAAGCCCUCCUCUCUCUCUCAAACAGAAACAUGCUCUCCCAUUCCCAGUGGACCCUCUCCCACACCAAUAGACAGAACAUCAACUGACCUCUACACUGCACACUUGGUGACUAACUGCUCCCCUUUCUCUGUCACGACCUUUGGCUUUAUAGAGAUAGACAUGGGGGUCAGUGAGAGUGAUGGGGGUUCUCUCCCCGUUGAACUCUCUCCAUCACCAGCCUUGCAGUUCAAGCUCCCGGCCACCAAGAGACGCUACAGAGACUCGCCCUGCUGGCCCGUCCAUGAGAUUAGCAUGGCCACAGGGGACCCAUUGCAGAUCUGAGGGGUACAGGACCGACUAAAUGGUACUCCGUAACUAGCGCAUUGGUCUUGAGUAGUAGGGUUUACAAAUGGGAAAAUAAGAUCACUCGCACAAAGAAUGCCAUGUGUUUUUAAAAGUUUUUUUAAAAAUGUAAUUUUCUGUUAUGCCAAUAUAGGUUAUACUAGAAAAGUAGUAUUUUAAAGCGGCAGUCAACAGUAGAACAAUAACAAAGUGGCCUCCCUGUUUCGGUAAAAAUCUGAGGGAUGGGGCUGGAGAAAUGUAACCACUCUCAAAUGUAUCGACAAAGCUAUGGAUGCAAGUCCUGCCUGUCCAUAAUAUAACAAUUAUAGUUUUAACCAAGUAUUGAGACUAUAUCGUGUUUGUUUACAUUGUUUUUCAAACAUUGGAGUAAAAUAAGCUUAUUUUGGGUUCUGAUGGUGUACAAAUGUUACUAAGCUGUCAAUCAAUAGGUAAAUAUCAUUAUUAUAUUAUGUAGCAACUGCUGAUUGCAGAUUUUAUUAUUGUCAAGUUGCGUUUUACAUAUCUGACUAUAUAUAAUUUGUGUAAAUGUAUGUAUUUCAGUUUGAAUAAAAUAAUGUAUUUUAA